GGCCGCUUCGGCUGACAUUCUGCACGAUGGCGACAGAGGUUCAGAGCGGCGACCUCAACAGUGGCAGUUCGAGCCGGCUCGAAGUCUCCAUCGACGGCCUCACCCUGAGCCCCGACCCGGAGGGUGACCAGGGGCAGGCCGGUGAACCGGAGGCCGAGCCGGCGGGGGCCGAGUCCGGCGAACCAACGGGUGUCGCCGGGGACGAGAAGGGAGAGGACGGCGAGACUGCCAAAUCCACUAUAGAGAGGAAAUGGGGCUUUCCUUUACUCGAGCUUUACGGAAUGGCCCUAAAAUUUUUCAAAGAUAAAGAUGGGAAGGCCUUCCAUCCCACCUAUGAGGAGAAGCUUCGACUGGUGGCUCUACACAAACAAGUGUUACUAGGCCCUUACAACCCUGAUGCCUCACCUGAGGUGGGCUUCUUUGAUGUCCUGGGCAAUGACCGCAGGAAAGAGUGGGCUGUGCUGGGGAAUAUGGAGAAGGAGGAGGCAAUGGUGGAGUUUGUCAGACUCCUCAACAAGUGCUGUAACCUCUUUGCUCCCUAUGUCACUUCGCACAAGAUCGAGAAGGAGGAGCAGGAAAGGAAACGGAGAGAAGAGGAGGAGCGCCAGCGACUGGAGGAGGAGGAGAGGGAGCGACAAAGACAGGAAGAGGAGAGACGGCGGCGUGAGGAGGAAGAGAGGCUGAGGAGGGAGGAAGAGGAAAGAAUGCAGGCUGAGGAGGAGAGGCUACGGAUCGAGCAGCAGAAACAACAGAUCAUGGCAGCAUUGAAUGCCCAGACAGCAGUGCAGUUCCAGCAGUACGCUGCCCAGCAGUACCCCAACAGCGCUGAGCAACAGCUGGGUCUUAUCCGACAGCUACAAGAGCAGCACUACCAGCAGUACAUGCAGCAGCUCUACCAGGUCCAGCUGGCCCAGCAACAGGCAGCCUUACAGAAGCAGCAGGAGGAUGCAGUGGUGCAGGCCACCCUUGAGGCUAACAACUGCAGCAGCAGUGAUCCUGUCCUGGUUUCAGCCACAGCAGGUGUGCCACUGUGUGCGACAUCGCCACCAGCUGGCGAAGAAGCCCCCACAGUCAAUGGGGGCCACUCAGACUCUUAUUCAGAGAGCAUGGACAGGGAGCCUGAACCAGAGCCAGCAGAGGAAGUGUCAGAGAACGGACCUCUAUUAGCUGCAGACUCCCCACCGGUGAUCGCAGCUCCUUCCAUGUGGACGCGGCCACAGAUCAAGGACUUCAAGGAGAAGAUCCGGCAGGAUGCUGACAGUGUGAUCACGGUGGGCCGUGGCGAGGUGGUGACGGUGCGAGUGCCCACCCAUGAAGAGGGCUCUUACCUGUUCUGGGAGUUCGCCACCGACUAUUAUGACAUUGGCUUCGGUGUCUUCUUCGAGUGGACGGAUGCUGCAUCUGCCUCAGUCAGCGUGCACGUGUCCGAGUCCAGCGACGAGGACGAGGAUGAUGAAGGUGACCCCCCUAGUGAGGAGGAGAAAGCCAAGAAAGAGGCGGGCAAGCCCCAGGUAGAUGAGAUCGUGCCGGUGUACCGGCGGGACUGUCACGAGGAGGUGUAUGCUGGCAGCCACCAGUAUCCUGGCCGUGGAGUCUACUUGCUCAAAUUUGACAACUCCUACUCACUUUGGCGCUCUAAGAGUGUAUACUACAGAGUCUACUACACCAGAUAAGCCUGAACUCAGACACAGGGGAGCCAAGGAGAGAGAGAGAGAGGGAGAGAGAGAGAGAGAGAGUGUGUGUGUGUGUGUGUGUGUGUGUGUGUGUGUGUGUGUGUGUGUGUGUGUGUGUGUGUGUGUGUGCGUGCGUGCGUGCGUGUGUGUGUGUGUGUGUUACUGUAGCAUGUGUUUUUGUGUUCUAAGGCAAAAAAAAAUGCUAGAUGUAUUCCGGACCACCAGAGGGCGACAAAGAGACACCAGGAGCCCUAGUUCAGAGCCGGGACUUAUACAGGAUACAGCAUGUAUGAGUGAUUGGAUGGAUGAAUGAUGUGUGUAUAUGUGCACCAGGAUACACCCAUGUCAGAGCCUCUCAUUGAGCCCUAGGAAGGAGAGGGUGUAUUCCUGGAUGUGUGUGUGCCCCCUGUCCUCUCUGCGCUCAUCUAGAGACCAAACUGUAGGACUUUUCUCUCAUGUUGUGUUUUACUACUAUCCACCCUAGCCCCCUCCAUGUUAACGUCCAGCUUGUGUCAUCCUCUGUGGCCUUACGGCUGUCUAUGCCCUGAGUGACGCUUUCAUAACUUCAAGCUGAAACCUGGCCAGACCAGCUCUCUGCAGACUGAAGUUUCCUAACGGAUGGCAGUAGUGGUGGCUUGCCCUACCGAAGGAGUCACUCUGAUGUUGAAUAAUCAAACAGUGGAACUGAUGCACUACAAAACACUAUGCCUUUGUUCCACAGAGGGACAGUCCCACUUUAACUGUUGCUGGGUCUCACACACACACACACACACACACAGAGACAGUAUGAAACGCACUCAUGUACACAGUCAUUCAUACUUUUUGUUGUAAAAUAGAAAUUCCAUAUUCUUUAUCCUUGCCCACGGCGCACCUACACAAAUCUGAGAGAACUGUCUUGAUUGAAAAAAGUAUUUUUCCAAGUUUAUCACCAGACUGAUUCCACUUAGCUCUCAUCCAUAUCACUUGAUGCAGUCCUCUCAGAUUUACACUAGUGCACUGGGAGUAGUUUAUAGGAUUCUUUGGGGGAUUGAUGUCUCCUGACUGAGCUUAGGAGGCCCGGACAACAGGGCAGUUUCAUGGUUGAAGUGGGGCUCCAAAGUUAUUCAGGAUUAUAAGGGAGAAAGUAUAAAAUGACACCAACACAGAAAAGUUUGAAAGCCUUGUAGCCUCAUUAAGUCAAACAUCCUAGCGUGGGAUAGAAAAUAAAACUAGAGUGUGUCUAAAAGCAAAGCAUUUAAUAAAUAUUUAUUACUCUCCCUUCUGUGUUAAUGCAGGCAUCAUUUUUGUGUCUGAAACAUGCCAUUUGACUUAAUUUCACCUCCACGUAGUUACCUCAGUGCAUCCACCUUUCUUUUUACUACAUCUGUUUUCAAACAUGAUGUUGAUCAACCGAAGGAUGACGACUAAGUCACACGAUGAGCCAACUACAGCUCCUCUCAUCCAAAGAGGAGGAGGUGGGGGGGCAAGGAAAAAAAAGCCCGUCGGAGGUACAAAGGAACAUCUCCAGUGUUUAAUAUUGACGGAGAAGUUCCCGCUGUUGACCGCCAUCUGUGCCGUUUGACAUUUGGAGACGCUGUGUCAUGUUUUGGCACAUAACCGAUGGCUAUAACUGAUAUUUUCCACCUUAGUUUGGGGUGGUGUGUGUGUGUGUAUGUGUGUGAGUUGGUGGGGUGGGGUGGGGGCGCACAUGUCACUGUUAUGUCUCUCAGAGUUUUAAAAUCUGUAACCCAAAACACGCCCUGAUUCUGUACCAUUCUCUUCAAAAUGAAGUGAUUUCAGUUUGUCAUCUCAAAUAUGGUAUCGCUAAUAAAUUGAGAUGAUCUAGAAUUAUUUUCGUGUCUUGGGUGGAGUGGUUACUAAUUAUGUUGUGACAUCCAACACAGCAUAAAAGCUAAAUUUCAGCUUCUUUUUUUUGCUUUUUAUUAUUUCUUUCCCACAGUUUAGCGUUUUUUUCCCCCCUUAUUGUUUCACCUCACAUGGAGUUUGCAUGCUUUGUGCAUCACUAAUUCAAAAAACAAAAACACCCUACCACCUGAAGUCACUGUCAGCAGGGCUGUACGAGUUGCGCUCUAUCUUAUCCUGAUAGAUUAUUGUUGAAUGGAAAUAUAUUGUGAUUUGGGCUUUGGACCCUGUUUGGUGGUCUUGAGGUUUGUUGUACAUUUUUAUUAGGCUAUACAACUGCAGUUUAAAGACACAUGGGUGCAUCUUUAAACUUGCGUCUAAUUCCAAGUCAAAUGUUUGCGCCUCUGCCCGUGCAGAGCUGGCAAGGCUACUGGUCAAUGUAAGCAGAUUGGAAAUACUCAUUAUCUCUUGAUAUGUAAUGUCCAAUUGUCUCAAGUACUCACUACUCACCAUUUGGUGUUGAGACAAAAUUGUUCAAGCCUUGUUUGUAAAUAAUUCUAUGAAUGGGUUUAUUUGUGGGUUUUCAUAUGUGGAAGAAGGCCAUGGGUUCGAGAAUCAAUGCACUGUAAAGUAUGGUGAAUGAGAUAUAUAUGUACAUUUUACCCCAAAUGAAAGCCCCGAACUCUCUUAGCAAGUGUAAAAGUGAUAGACUCUUGACAUGAAAGAAAAGCUCAUCUUUUUGUAUUACUUUUGACUUGUUCGAAUCUCUUUUGAGUUUGAAGAUCUUUUUGGGCAUAUAUUUAAUCUUGAUUAAAGUUAUGUUCAUCUCUACUAGACAGCUUGCUUCUCUCUUUUUUUAAACUAUUUUUUUUUUAGCUAUUUGAAAAGUCAGUGCUUGUUACUAUCACGGUAUGCUGGGGUGUAACUUUGUUUGGAAACCUUUGAUUCCUCCAAUGUUGACCUUUCGUCCUCCAUUACCUUUAAAUCAUGUGCACACUGAAAGGGGGAAACACAAAUAUGCAAUAAAAGAGCACUUAGUUGACAAUUCAAGCUACACCUGGGACGGCAAAAUUGUCUUUUUUCUUUCUGGUGCCAAAUUUGUCAACCAAAUGUGGCUUUUCCUGUUAAUAAACACAUUUUG